AUGGACAUCUUCCAGAACGGAAAGAAAGGUUCCUCUCAGUUCCAGGCUGCUGAGACAGGAGAGGUCUCUUCCCAGCACCCGUACGCCGAGCAGCGCAUCGGGAGGCCCAACGUCGUGACCGUGGACUUCAACAACUCUCAGGAGUUUGAAGCGGCCAUUCAGGAGAUCAUGAGAACCAAAGUAAUGUACCAGUGCCGUGGAGCCUUCCUGCCCUAUGAGUACACCUGUGAGGGAAUGCUGGAGAGAGUCAGUGCCUACAUAGAACACCAGGACUUUUGCCAUCCAGAUCCCCCAUUUCCCCCUCUGAACGCCUCGAAGUCCUGGCCGGGCAAUCCCCCCAGCCCCUUCAUGUUGCUGCAGCACAACAACACAAGCACCCUGGUCUGGGCCCCCAACGCUACAGCGCCGCCCUGCUGGCCGCCCCUCUCCGCCCUGCAGCUGCUGCUCGCCCCAGAGGGGCUCUCGUGCGCGCGGUCGUGCACGGAGGAGAACCUGGUGUGUGAGCCGGCCUUCUUCCCAUUCAUCAACAACCUGGAGGCCUUCGGCGGGUGAGUGAGUCAGUGAUUGAUCCAUGUGCAAAUCUAACCACAUCUCUCUAUGUGAGAAUGCAUGAAUGGGCACACUUACUGUAUAUAGCGCCUUUCUUAACACCCAAAGGGCUUCACAUGCUGAAUGAGUCUAAGACUAAAUUCAUGAUUUUCUCCAAUGG